CGAGCUGUCUAUUAACAGUGAAGAUAUGUUUCUCAGAGGAGGCAGGAGGAAGAGGAGGGAGGAUGAAGGACAGAAAUGGGAGGAAAGACUCCAGGAGAACUGGGAGAACUGUGCGGUGCUGAACUUGUCUUAUCAGGACUUAGGAGAUCCGUACCAGCUGGAGAACUUCAUCCGCAUCCUGAGGAGACUGAUCCGGGUGGAGCGUCUGCAGCUGGUGGAUAACGCACUGAGAGAUCUCAGCUCUGUCAGACUGCCAAGAUGUAAAAUCCUGAAUCUUCACCGGAACAACUUGACGUCCAUUCGUAAGCUGCCAAAGGUUCCUGAGAUCCAGCACUUGUGCCUGUCUGAGAACAGUAUUUCCUCUCUGGGCGAACUGACCCUGCUGAGGAGCACGCCGCUCCGAUCUCUGACCCUCAAACGCAACCCCUGCCAGUUUCUGGAGGACUACCGCUCACGUGUUUUCUCCUGUUUGCCAAAACUCCAAGUUCUGGAUGGCAUCCCAAAGCUACAGGAGGAUUCGAUGCCUCUCUCUUCACCAGCAGCGUCCAGAUCUUGUACCAUUCUCUGAGGAUGCAACAGGAGAACCUGAAGCCAAGAUCUGAAUCCAGUGUAAUGUACCAUCAGAAUUAACUCGAAAGCUCUUAAAAUGCACUUCUAGCUCUGUAAACUCUAUUGAGCUGUUAAAACUACAUUUAUACCACUUAA